UCGAGAGCUUCCCAGCAGAAUCACCCUGUUUUUUCCCCCCGAGGGUCUCGGUGGGGGUGGGGGGCCCUGGUGGGAAGUCAGGACACAACCUGGAGCCCGAGGAGAGGACGGCUGCUCUGCUCAACCUCACUGCUAACAUGUUGUACCUGGAGAAUAAUGCCCAGUCCCAAUACAGUGAGCCGCAGUACACGAACCUGGGGCUGCUCAAUAGCAUGGACCAGCAGAUACAAAAUGGCUCCUCCUCCACCAGCCCCUACAACACAGAGCACGCCCAGAACAGCGUCACGGCGCCUUCGCCCUACGCCCAGCCCAGCUCCACCUUCGAUGCCCUCUCGCCUUCCCCGGCCAUCCCGUCCAACACAGACUAUCCGGGACCUCACAGCUUCGACGUAUCAUUUCAACAAUCCAGCACGGCCAAGUCUGCAACGUGGACGUAUUCCACCGAACUGAAGAAGUUGUACUGCCAGAUCGCCAAGACGUGUCCCAUCCAGAUCAAGGUGAUGACCCCGCCGCCGCAGGGGGCUGUCAUCCGUGCCAUGCCCGUCUACAAGAAAGCUGAGCAUGUCACCGAAGUGGUGAAACGGUGCCCCAACCAUGAGCUCAGUCGCGAGUUCAAUGAGGGUCAAAUUGCUCCUCCCAGUCACCUGAUCAGAGUGGAAGGAAACAGCCACGCCCAGUACGUGGAGGACCCCAUCACUGGGAGACAGAGCGUCCUUGUGCCUUACGAACCACCGCAGGUAGGCACUGAAUUCACAACUGUCUUGUACAACUUCAUGUGCAACAGCAGCUGCGUCGGGGGUAUGAACAGGCGCCCCAUCCUGAUCAUCGUGACGCUGGAAACAAGAGAUGGGCAGGUCCUGGGACGUCGGUGCUUCGAGGCUCGGAUCUGCGCAUGUCCAGGCAGGGACCGCAAGGCAGACGAGGACAGUAUCCGGAAACAGCAAGUCUCUGACAGUACAAAGAACGGUGAUGGUACGAAGCGCCCUUUCCGGCAGAGCACCCACGGCAUCCAGAUGACGUCUGUCAAGAAACGGCGCACCCCGGAUGAUGAGCUCCUGUACUUGCCUGUGCGCGGCCGGGAGACCUACGAAAUGCUGCUGAAGAUCAAGGAGUCUCUGGAGCUCAUGCAAUACCUCCCGCAGCACACGAUCGAGACCUACCGGCAGCAGCAGCAGCAGCAGCAGCAGCAUUUGCUGCAGAAGCAGAGCUCCAUCCAGUCGCAGUCUUCGUAUGGGUCCGCCUCCCCUCCGCUCAGCAAAAUGAACAGUAUGAACAAGCUGCCGUCGGUUAGUCAGCUCAUCAACCCACAGCAGCGCAACGCCCUGACGCCCACGUCCAUCCCAGACAGCAUGGCCAACAUCCCGAUGAUGGGAGCCCACAUGGCCAUGGCGGGGGACAUGAACGGACUCAGCCCGACGCAGACGCUGCCCCCCUCCCUCUCCAUGCCCUCCACGUCCCACUGCACUCCGCCUCCCCCCUACCCAACAGACUGCAGUAUUGUCAGUUUCUUAGCACGGCUGGGCUGCUCGUCCUGCGUGGAUUAUUUCACGGCGCAAGGUUUGACCACCAUCUAUCAGAUUGAACACUACUCCAUGGAUGAUCUGGUGAGCCUCAAAAUCCCGGAGCAGUUCCGCCACGCCAUUUGGAAAGGCAUCCUGGACCACCGGCAGCUCCACGACUUCUCCUCCCCGCCCCACCUCCUGCGCACGCCCAGCGGCACCUCCACCCUCAGCGUGGGCUCCAACGAGACCCGUGGGGAGCGGGUCAUUGACGCCGUGCGCUUCACGCUUCGCCAGACCAUCUCCUUCCCGCCCCGCGACGAGUGGGGGGAUUUCAACUUCGACUUGGACGCCCGUCGUAACAAGCAGCAGCGGAUCAAGGAGGAAGGAGAGUGAAGGGGGAGUGCCGUGUGGUCCCACCCGCCCCCCUCGUCCAUCCUGAUGGAUCUCUUGCUUGUGCCUGCCUGACUUAGUUGCCUUUGGGGGUGGGAGAAGGGAAGAUUCUCCUAAUUGACCAGCGCUUAGCUGACCCUGCAGUUGUGGCCCGCCUGGGGCUUGGCGUCUUCUGCUUGUUAGCUGACCCCACAGUUGUGGCCCUCCUGGGGCUUGGCGUCUUCUGCUUCGUAGCUGACCCCUCAGUUGCGGCCCGCCUGGGGCUUGGCGUCUUCUACUUCUUAGCUGACCCCGCAGUUGCGGCCCGCCUGGGGCUUGGCGUCUUCUACUUCUUAGCUGACCCCGCAGUUGCGGCCCGCCUGGGGCUUGGCGUCUUCUGCUUCUUAGCUGACCCCGCAGUUGCGGCCCGCCUGGGGCUUGGCGUCUUUGGCUUCUUAGCUGAACCCGCAGUUGCAGCCCGCCUGGGGCUUGGCGUCUUCUGCUUCUUAGCUGACCCCGCAAUUGUGGCCCGGCUGGGGCUUGGCGUCCCCUGCUUCACCUCCAAAGUUGGGUCUCCUAACCAGCCAUUGCUUUUGUUAGAGGGUAAAAGGGGGUAGUUUUUUCUGCCUUCUGUCCAGUCAAAGCAGGGGAGUUGUUUUUCAGCACCUGAGAAAGAUGGGACCAUAAAAAGCCUUUGAUAUGCUUUGAAAAUCCCGGCACUUAAUUUCUUAUGCUUCCGCCAAACAGGUGCACCUCCACAUGCCCACACGUUCAGCGCUAGGCGGCUUGCCUGGGGCGCACAUGACUUCUUUCUGCACGGCCCCAUGUUUGCGACCGGGUGAAACGUCUCGUGUGAAAGACGUUUGCCCGGAUUCCUUUCCUAAUGUACGUUUCCCAGUUCGAGGUUGUUCAAGGCAGUUCGUGGGGCUGCCGCUUUUCUGGUUUUGUAAGGUUAGCAUGUUGCCAAGUUGAACACUGAGCAUUUUGCCAAACAGUGUAGGGGAACGUGAUGCCCCACAGUUCAUUUGGCAGCCAUGUGCCACGAAUGGGGCAUUUCUGAUCAAACGGUUGUGGGGCAAUGCUGAAGCACACCCCCUGCCCGUGGCGGUGGAGAGUAAAUGGCCAUACAGAGUUAAAUUUUCUUUUCUCCUUGGAUGGUUGGUAAUGAAGGCAAGUCCCCAGAAUUUUAGAUCCAUGUUCAAAAACAGGGUGCUGGUUUUCAUUUUGAGUUCCUCUUCCUCCUGAGUCAGUGAGAGCCCCUGAACCAAAGAUGGUUCAGUGUUUGCCCCAUUUCUGCAAAAAUAUUGUCACUUAAGAGGACUACCCCAGGAGGUAGUUUGUGGACAAGCAGAUUGGCUCCAUUGGCCCUCUGGACCUAUCCAGUGUUUCGCACUUUGCAGGAUAUUUCAGUCUCACAAGCAGUUCAGAGUGGUGGCCCCCACGUUGAUUUUCACUGACUUGGGGGUCCCUGCCGUGGCUCUCUUCCCCCUGCUAGAGUUUCACAAAUUAUCUUUCCAUAUCUGUCCGCUCACAGAAUGGCGUCAGAAUCAACUCCAUAAACAUCCAGGUGUGUGUGUGUUUGUGUAUAUAUUGUUCAGCUUGUACUGCCAACUUCCUAAGUAGCACAUGCCCACGACCAUAGCAGCAAAUCUCUACUUUGCCCCCUCCCCCAAAAAACCCUUUCCACCCCCCCAUGUUUACUUCCCAAUAGACACUGCCGUUCCUGCCUUCCUGCACCUGUUUGCAAUUGAAAUGAGAGAUACUUUUGAUCCCUUGUAAAGUUUGUAAGUAAAUAAUUGUUUUGUUGUAUGCGAUUUUUUUUUAUAUUUCCCUGUAACAAUCAUUACUGAUCUCUUUUUUUAUUAUUUUGGAGGGGGGGAUAUUGGGCCUUUCAGAACCACAGUUUUGUAUUUUGUAUUUGUUUUUUUAAUUUUUUUGUAAGGGAAAGGCUGUCUGUAUUCUGUCUUGCAAAAUGCUCGUGAUCCUGUCAAUGCGGGUGUCUGCAUGAGUGAGGUUUGGAGGGGAGGGGGUGUGUGUUUGCGAACACCCCGCUCUUUGGGGGGAGGGGGAAAGGGGAGGGGUCACUUCAAGGCAAGAGUCCUAGAUUUCAAAGCAAUUUCAUUUGUUCAGUGCAAGUGGCAGACACCCGCAGGUUAUUUGUUACUUGUGACAAGUAUUAAUUUGAUUAUUAAGAAACACUCUGUCAAUGCCAAUGUAAAUAAAAGCCAAAUUCUGAAA